AGAGGCACUUCUUAGAGAGCAACCGACCGACCGACUGCAAGACCGACCUUUACUGACCGCAAUCAUGAACUUCCUCCGACGCCGUCUCUCUGACAGCAGCUUCAUGUCCAACCUGCCCAACGGCUACAUGACAGAUCUCCAGAGGCCUGACCCACCUGCUCCUCCUCCCCCCACCGCCUCCUCUCCUUCCCAACAAGGUGCAGCACCUGCCAUGGCGCCUGCCCCUGCCAUAUCCCCGACCAAAACUCCAGUACCGUCCCAGGCGCCAGCCAGCUCCUCUGCAUCUCAGGAGCGCCGUCCGUCCCAACUGGCUCAACAGCCUCAACAGGCCCAGUCCUCCUCCUCUGGUGGUUCCUCUGGCUUCUUCAGCUCCUUCAGCUCCAUCACCAACGUGGUCAAACAGACGGCUGCUUCCGCCGCCGGGUUUGUGGAGCAGUCAGCGCCUUCUCCCUCACUCUCCAAGAAGUUCAAGAUCCUGCUGGUUAUUGAUGAGCCUCAUCAUGAGUGGGCCAAAGUGUUUCGGGGAAAGAAGGUCAUUGGGGAGUACGACAUCAAAGUGGAGCAGGCUGAGUUCUCAGAGAUCAACCUCGUCUCACAUUCAAAUGGAACCUGUAACAUUGACAUGCAGGUCAUCAGGGGCGGGACCAAAGUGGUCAGGUCUUUCAAGCCUGAUUUUGUCUUGGUGCGCCAACACGCCUUCAGCAUGGCCCAGAAUGAGGACUUCAGGAACUUAAUCAUCGGUCUGCAGUAUGCAGGCGUCCCCUCUGUCAACUCUCUGGACUCCAUCUACAACCUCUGCGACAAACCUUGGGCUUUUUCCCAACUGGUCAGUAAUCAGAAGAAACUGGGUUCAGACAAGUUCCCUCUCAUUGAUCAGACGUUCUACCCCAACUAUAGAGACAUGAUUACAACACCGAGUUUCCCAGUAGUGGUGAAGAUUGGACACGCCCACUCUGGAAUGGGAAAGGUCAAAGUGGACAAUGUGAGUGACUUCCAGGAUAUUGCAAGUGUGGUGGCCAUCACUCAGACCUACUGUACUACAGAGCCAUUUGUAGACGCCAAGUAUGAUAUCAGGGUCCAGAAAAUCGGCGCUGACUACAAGGCAUACAUGCGAACAUCCAUCUCUGGUAAUUGGAAGAGCAACACCGGAUCUGCCAUGUUAGAACAAGUAGCCAUGACUGACAAGUAUAAGCUGUGGGUUGAUACCUGCUCAGAGAUCUUUGGAGGGCUGGAUAUCUGUGCUGUCAAAGCCAUCUGUGGGAAGGAUGGUAAUGACUACAUUACUGAGGUUGUGGGUUCAUCUAUGCAGUUGAUUGGUGAUCACCAGGCAGAAGACCGUCAGCUCAUCUCAGAGGUGGUGCUGACUAAGAUGAACCAAGCACUGGCUGCCAAGACAUCGGGGGCUUCCCGCUCACCUGCUCGUUCUCCUCAAGCCCAGAAGCCAACUACUGUGCAGCCCCAGCAGAGUGCUGCCCUUAAGGAAGGACUGGCAGAUCCAAAUAUGACCACGGGCCAGCGCCCUCAACCUCAAGGUGCACCAGUGAAAUCACAGAGCGUAGACCCAUCAUCAGAGUCAGCUAAGAGAGUAUCUGAACCGGUGCCAAAGCCCAGCCAGGCCCAGAAAACUGGUCCAGGUCAAGUUCAGAAACCAGCUCAAAGUCAGAAGCCAAGCCCAGUCCAGAAGUCCGCCUCAGUCACAAAGCCUCCCGUGCCGAGGCCUCCCCCGAUGACGAGAGCCCCGUCCCUCGCAAAGUCAACCCCAGAUUCUGCUUCCAGCCCGGCCCCAGCCAAAGCUUCACCAUCAUCCCCAGCUAAAUCAGCAGCAGCCGCAGCUCCAAGCUCUCCCAAAACCAAAGCAGCAGCAGCAGCAGCAGCAGCAGCAGCAGCUCCAGCACCAGCCAAAGUCCCAGCCCCAGCCCCAGUCCCAGCUUCAGCCCAAGCACCAGCCCCAGCCCCAGCCCCAGCCCCAGUCACAGCCACAGCCCCAGCCCCUGCCUCUCCCCCAACUUCAGCUCCCACCACAGAGCAGCCCAAGCCCCAGCCUCAGGGCUCCCCAUCCCCAGCUCCAGGCAAACCAAAAGAGCUGCCCCCCAAACCCACACCACCUGCAAAGCCCAUCCCUCCUGUGCGCAGGAAUUCCAGGCCGCAGCUCCAGCCAAAACCGCAAACCUCAUCUCCUCCCAAAGCUUUACCUAAACCACAGCCCGCUGUCCAAACCCCAGCACCCACUCAAGCCUCAGAUACUGCCUCAGCCCCAGCCCCAGCACAGGUUCAGUCCCCCGCCAAAGCCAGCCAGUCCCCACCUAGUGUCCAGUCUCCAGCUAAGGCUCAGCCCCAGGCCAAGCCACCCUCUCCUUCCCCAAACCCUGAGCCUGUCCCAGCCGAAGCAGCCGCAGCCCCUGAAGAGGCCCAAGCCCCUGUGGAAGAACAGCCAGGAUCCCAGCAAAAGACCCAUCCUCUGCUGAAUAAGUCCCAGUCCCUGACCAAUGCCUUCAACGCCUUCAGCGACUCCUCUUUCUUCCGCGGUGUCUCAAGCUCUGGAGGUGACGGCCAAGAAGAGGCGAAGGCCGAGACCAUUCGCAACCUCCGAAAGUCCUUCGCCAGCCUUUUCUCUGACUAAACACAACCGAACCGUAGUCAGCCCCUUGUUGAUUCUGGCCCUCCCACCCCUCUAUUGCCAUUGGCCAGUGAUGACUUGAUUGACAUUAAAUGUGAACCAGUCUGAGAUUAAACUUUGUGUGUUAACUGUACUGUAUUCCCUCCGUCCCGGUCCCUCUUCUCCUCCACUUUCAGCUUCUCUGUGUGAGUAACAGUGAGGCCUGCUGGGUAGGAUGUUCAGUGAAUGAUACUGUGCCAGAAUAAUUGGAAUGAAGGAGUUACGUCAUUGAUAUAGAAUAGAAUAGAAUAGAAUAGAAUAGAAUAGAAUAGAAUAGAAUAACAAACAAAAAAAAACCCAAAAUCUAUAUUUUUCCCAAGACACACUUAUGGAUCACUUUCGGAAGUAUAUGAAAAGUAUAAUAUUCAAGACUACAGAUGGAAUGUACAUACAGUAUAUAUAAAUACAGUAUAUAAAUAUAAACAUAUAUAACUAUAAAGGGAGAUAAGCCAAUAAUAUUGAAAAAUAUCUAGUAGCACUUUUCAAUUAGCUUUUGUCAGUGACAUAACUCUUUCAUUCAGUGGCUGGAUUUAUACUAAUUUUAAAUAAUAACCAUAUAUUUGACAUUUGAUGGUUUCCCCUGUGGUUACAGUAUUCCUCAGUUUUGAUCAAUAAGUAAGUAAAAGUGUGUGAGUAAAAGAAAAAAAAAAGACUUCUUUAAAGAGUUUGUUCCGGUGUAAAUCCAGCCGUUGUGUCUCUGGUCCUUGGACUACUGGGCUCGUCAUUGUCGCACAGUAGCACCCCCUUUUUUGUCUAAAAGCCUUGAAGUUCAUUGUCGUGUGAGGGAGUUUGAAAUAUGUGUAUGUUCAUCUGUGUUCAAUUGUUAUGCAUGGCUCCUCCAAGUGGCUCAGUGUGACUUUUGGAGCAGAAGGGAGCUCUAUCAGUGUUGAGUUUUGCCCUACGUUGCCUCUCUCUCUCUCUCUCUCUCUCGCUCUCUAGAUGUUGUAGCCUUAUUGUGGACAUGUUUUCAAAUCACAGCUACAUCUGCUAGCUGUGCAGACCUGAGUCCGUUACAAAUCGAAAUUCAUUCAUUUACCUCAAGUGCUCGAACCCUAUUGAGGGCAAGACUGAUUGGGACUUUUGGGAGCUUUGGGAUUGGUCCAAAUGUGCCAGACAGAAUAAAUCAAUCCUAAAAAGUAGAUGAAUGCAUUUCAAAUAGUAAAAAGACUCAUGUCUGAAGCUGUGACUGGUGAUUUCUUGUUUCACCUCUGUGUAGAUCUAUCAACAGUAUUGUAAUUUGUUGAUUAUUCUCAUAAAAAGACAUUGAGACAGUAGUGCAAUAACACCUCAACAUGAUUGUUGAGUGCUGUCACCCUAUUAUAAAUAUAAAUAUGAUCAUCCAUACAGGACCUAUGUAUCUGUUAAAUACCUUAUUCUUACAUUCCCUUUAAGAUUCCUUUCAGUGGCAACUUUCCAGGUUGCUUUUUUACUGCAGUCAGCAGCUGGGUGUCAGAUUAUGCCAUAUUAAAGGUGUCGGUUUUUGUGAUCAAUCCUAUGUGUAACACAGGAUUGAAAGCACCCAGUAUCCUUGACUGGUCAUUUCCAGCUGAGUUGCUGCAUUUCAAGUUCAUAUGUGUAAAAAAAAAAAUCUCAACACAUAAGUACUGCAUAUCAACCUGUCUGCUUAUCCAUCAUCAGUGCUAUGUUGCAAGUAAAUGAUAACAUAGACUAUUGUAUUUGUAUGUACGUAUGUGUCAUCUCAGGAGUAUUUUUUUUGUAAUAUAUUGAUCAAUUUAUUUAUUUUUUGAGGCUCCAUAUUUAUGGUACAGUAUAUAGGCUAUUGUUUGUUUUGUAUUGUGUUUUUAUUUGUAACGCAAUACUGCUUUGCAUGAUCUGGUGACUGAUAAUGUUUUAUUUCUGUACAGAUAAAAGUUAAUAAAGAUGUGGUUCCAUCAUUCCACUGAUUCGCUAUGUGAGAUUCAUGCUGAUGGCUGUGAUAACGU